GUUUUAGGUAAACGAAUUCUUAACAGCUGCAAUGGUUUCGUACAAAGAGCUAGUCGCUAACCAGCGUCAAUUUUUCAAAACCGGAGGAACGCAAUGUUUAAAGGCACGACGCGAAACAUUACUAACAUUGAAAAAAAUGCUCGAGGGCCAUAGCGAGGAAAUCAAAGAGGCAAUUUAUAGCGACCUACGUAGGGACGCUACAAACGAAAUAGCCAACGCGAAAAGAGAGGUUGACGAUUUGCUGGAACACCUGGAAGAAUGGAAUGCUCCUAAAAAGGUCGAAACACCCUCAGAAUUGUCCGCUGAAGAUGAUUUAUUCAGCAUUCCGGAACCAUUGGGAGUUGUGCUUGUGAUAGCUCCAUGGAAUUUCCCCUUGAUCACCUCAAUGCCAUUCGCAUCGGCCUUGGCUGGAGGUAACACUGUCAUUCUGAAGCUGUCAGAGUUCGCGCCAACUUUUUCAUCUGUGUUUUCGGGUUUGGUCACCAAGUACUUUGACAAGAAAUUAUUCGCAGCCGUUGAAGGUGCUAUACCUGAGACGACAGCAUUGCUCGAAGAACGAUUUGAUCACAUUCUCUACACCGGUAAUCCAACUGUGGCCAGGGUAAUCAUGGCGGCUGCGGCGAAAAAUCUUACCCCUGUCACACUCGAGCUUGGAGGAAAGAACCCCGUUCUUGUCGAACCUGAUGCAGAUUUGGAAGAUGCCGCUAAAAAGAUCGUCUUCUCAAAAACACUAAAUUGCGGGCAAAUUUGUUUGUCAUCAGAUUACGUUCUUACCACGGAAGAGGUGAAGCCAAAGCUGGUGGAUGCUUUGGCUAAAGCGUUCAGUUCCAUGGAGCCACUGAAGAAGAAUAAGAACUUUUCUCGCAUUGUCAAUGAAAAGCAUUUUGACCGGCUUAAUUCUCUGCUAUCUAACACGAAAGGACGCAUCGCCUAUAAAGCUAGUGGGGAACCAGAUCGUAAGGAUAGAUUUAUACCCCCUCAUGUGGUCGAAAUUGAGAAAGACGAUGAUUUCUUGAAGGAAGAGAUUUUCGGUCCAUUUUUGCCUAUCUUGACUGUGAAGUCGUUUGACGAAGCAGUUGAAUUCGUGAAAGAUCACGAAAAACCACUUGGCGCUUAUCUGUUCACCAAGGAUGCGGAGAAGGCAAAGCGCUUCUUGAAAGAAACAUCUAGCGGUGGUGCAACGGUCAACGACGUGAUGAGUCAUGCUUUCGUGAGCACUCUCCCCUUCGGUGGAGUUGGCAACAGCGGCAUGGGACAAAUCGGGCACAAAUUCGGUUUCGAUACUUUCGUGCAUUACAAACCAGUUCUCAUUAGAAAGGACAUCGGAAAAAGUCUUGCAAAUAAACUGUAAUAAGUUCUGACAAGAGUAUAAAUAUAUUUUUCUCA